GUUGGAAUAAGGAUAAUUAAAUAUAGCAAUUUUAUGAAAAAUUGUCCAAAAAUUGGUGCCAUUUUGUUGCUGUGAAUUUUUACAGUGAUUUCUCAGGAUUAUGAUUGGAAGUACUCUCUUGAGCAAUUGUGACAACUUUAUGGCUAUGAGUAUGAAGAGCAUCAUGUAACUACCCAGGAUGGGUACAUCUUGUUACUUCAGAGAAUCAGAGGUCCAUUGGGACAAGACAAUUCUAAUCGUGAGCCUCUGUAUUUUAGCGACGAUAUCAGUCAAGAUGAAGGUUAUUUCUUUUUGGUGGGACCUGAUGAAUCCCCAGGCUACAGACUUAUUGAUGCAGGUUAUGAUGGUUGGUUCUUACAUCCAAGAGGUGAUGAAAUGUCUAGAAGACAUGUCGAGCAAGCUAAUGGUCGCUAUGAUCCAGGUUCAUAUGAAUACUGGGACUUUGACCUAAACGAUAUGGCAUUAGAUCAUCUGGCUGCUAUUGAAUAUAUUAAUCAACUCACUGGAUAUCCUCAAAUUCAUAUUUAUGGUUAUUCAUCUGGAGGAAUAUCGGUUGGUUUUGCUUUCGCUCUAUAUCCAGAGUUCAUGAAUCAAAGAGUGAGAGAUGUUCAUUAUGCUGCUGUUCCAAUGAAUAUUUAUCAUUCAGGGUUCAUAGUUUUUCAGAUGCUUGCUGCUUACCCUCAAGUAAUUGAAGGAAUGAUCAAUAUGGGAGUCUACUCUAUCUACAAUAACAACGUUCCCCUUAGGAUGAUGCAGGGCUUGCCAUGCAUCCCGAACCCAAUGCUUUGCUUAAUGUGGAAUGCUCUUACCACUGGACAAAGUAGUGUUUCUGAAGACAACCCCAUUGGAUAUACUAACUUCCUUCUUAGAGGAAAUGUUGGAACGAGUCUUAGAGCUGUCAAGCAUAUGACUCAGAGUGGACUUUCAGGAGAAGUCACAUCCUACGAUCAUGGGACUGAAGGAAACCUUGAAGAAUAUGGACAAGAACAACCUCCUAGAAUCCCUCUUGAAAAUAUUAACGUACCUGUGUGCAUGUAUUAUUCCCCUGAUAAUGAGGCUGCUGACAUGGAAGAUGCGGAGUGGUUUGCAGACCAAAUGGGUGACUCUGUUGUAGCUUUCAAUACAUACCCAGGGUACUCAUUACUAUCGUUUAAUAUCGGAAACGACAUGUACUUCCUAGAUGACGUGAUAGAUUUGCUCCAGCAAUAUCCUAUACAGAGAACUGAGGCUUAAUGUUGUCAUAGAUUAAUUAAAGCUUUAAUCCAUCUUUGUUUGGUGUUCCCUAGUUUAAAAGUUUUAAUCUAAUUUCAUGCAAUAAUCUGUUCCUU